UCACCAUCGUGGACAUCUAUCAACUGUCACGUCCACGCUGAUUCUGUUUACAUUUCCCGCGAUGGAGAGAAAAGUGCACAAUUGUAUAGUUUGUGAGGAAAAUCCAGGAAAAUACAAAUGUUCAACAUGUGAGAUACCUUACUGUUCUGUCGGUUGCUGGAAGGUCCACCAGGAAAUGCCCUGCGAAAAAUCUGAGAAACUCGAUGGAAAUGAGAAAAUUCCUGAGAGGCGUACAAUCCUCUUUCCCACUGAAGACACAAUUCCCGAGGAAAGAUUGGAGAUGUUAAAGAGUUCGGAAGAACUGAAAAAUCUCUUGAAGAAUCCCCAUCUGAGGAAGCUGCUCAUGGAUUUGGAUUCAGCAGAAAAUGCUGAGAAAGCUAUGAAGGCAGCAAUGCAGGAGCCUCUCUUCACGGAAUUUGCAGAUGAAGCUCUGAAGAUUGUUGAGCCUGGAGCUCAGGAAGACAUCACAUGAUUUAAAAUUAGUACUUAGGAGAAAGCGCGCUACCUUCGGACAACUCAAGCUUCCGACAAUUCAAUUUUGUCUCAAUGUUCCUUAUGGAUUUCACCCAUAGCUCUUUUCUGAAAAUGUGAGGCAUUGGACUAGCUAUUGAAACAUUAUAUAAUAAUGGGCCAAAUUCAUUUAUAACACUUUGAAAAAAAUUAAUUGUUCGAAACAUAAAUCGAUGAACGCGCCAAAAUGGUAAAAAAAAAUGAAUAGGCUUCCGGAAAUGUUUGCAGGGACAUAUUUAAGAAUUUAAAAAUUUAAACGAAGAAAACCAAUUAACAAGGGCCAAAAGACUGAUAAAAAAUUAUGAAUAAAUGGACUAAUUUUGAAUAA